AUGCCACCACGCACACGAUCCGCCGCCAGUCGGUCAGCAAACACAGCCACAUCUACAGCCAGCGACCCGGCCGCAUCCGCAACAAAGCAUCCACGCCCCGGCGCCCAGCAUCGACUCAGCCCGCCAGGCGCAGCGUCCGCAUCCGACGACGGACAAGACGACAGCAACAACGGCGACGACGACGACGACGACGACGAUGAUCGUGCAUCGCCAUUCGAAGAAGCCGAUAGCGACUCGGCAGACGAGUGGAGACCCGAUCCCGACGUGAGCCAGGCGAGGAAACGCAGGCAAGGCCGUCGUGGCCCACCUUCCCGCAACGGCAGCAUCCGCGACGAUGAUGACGAUGAAGACGACGGCGGCGACAACGCGUCCGAUGUCGACGACGAGCUGGUGCAGCAGAUACGCGCGGCCAACCAAGCAGACGGUUCUGCGCAAAAGGGCACGAAACGCAAGAAGAAUGCAGCCGAUGCGCCUUCCAAACGUGCAAAGGCAAGCAUCGACCGAGCGCCCUCGAAACGCAAGGCAACCGAGGGCCAAUCUGUUACCGCGAACAAAGGCGGCGGAGGCGGCGAUGACGACGACGGCGACGACGAUGACGACGACGAAGAAGAAGACGACGUAGACUCCGAGGCGGAGCGAGAGCAGGCUCGCAUCGAGGCCGAAGCGGCGUGGGCAAACGUGCGAUCGCGAAAGGCGGCAGCGGCGGCGGCGACAAAGGACUCAGACUCGGCUUCGGCUCCAGCAGACGGCGCGAAUGGCACGCCCGCCACCGCCACCGCGGGCCCACGCUCGCUCACCUCGUGGCUGGGCGUCGGACCCUCGGCCUCGAGCAGCGCCGACGAGCUCUCGUCGCUGCCCUGGCCCACGACGUGCGAGGCGGCCCAGAUCGUCGACCGCUCCUCGCUCUUCAUCGGCUACGUCUACCCGCUCCUGACGACGUCGGCGUCGCACAUCGCCGCGCUCCUCUCGCACCUCUCGCGCCUCGUCCACCCCACCGUCCCCGUGACGCUGCUGCCGCCCCAGUUCGCCAACGCGCCCGCCAACAAGCGCGGGUCCUCGCACGACAUGUACGCCUACCGCGUCCUCUCCCCCAAACGCGGACGCGCCGGCCUGACGGGGCCCGACGACUUUGCGCUGCACGAGGAAAAGGAAGACGACGGCGAAAAGUGGGGCGGCGACCGUGUCCUCCGCGUCGCCCGCGACGAGGGCGCCAGCGACGUCCUCGUCAUCGUCAGCAGGUGGUACGGCGGGGAGCUCCUGGGUCCCGUCCGCUUCGAGCACAUUGAAAACGCCGCCAGGCGCGCACUCGAGCGCCACAUCGAGGCCCAGACCCUCGAGCACCGCAGGAUGGAGCUCGACGGCUUGGAUCAAAAGGUCGAAUCGUUGCGCGCAAAGAUCGCCCAGGCUGAACGGGGCCACGGUUUUGCCUCGGCCUCGGCUGACGGGGGCGUUGCUUCCGCAGUCUCUGCCGAGGCCAAGGCGGAGCAGUAUCCCGACCUCAACGUGGCAAAGGCGGACCGGCUGCUGCUGGCGAGGCGGAGGACGAUCCAGGUAUUGGACAAGAAGCUACACGGCCUUGAGAAUCCGCUCCAUACGGCGCCGUCGACGGGCGAGGCAGGAGCUGGCGAAGGCGAACAUGGCGGGGCCGCCGGCGGUGGCCGUGGCGGUGAACAGGGGAGCGAGGGAAGACAUGGCGAGGAGGGCAACGACGGGCAUGAGGACAAUAGUGUCGAUGUGCCCGCCACCGCCGACGGCCUGCUGCCAGAGAUGGAUGCCGACGAGGAGGCGAUGCUGCUGGCCGAGGCGGAGGCAAUGACGCGGGGGGAUGCCACCACCGCGCCGUCCGCCGCCACCCGGCCCGAUGCUGGACCUCCCUCGCAACCGGUCGAGGUCAGCAGCGAUACCGCUCCACCUCCCGCCGCAGAUGGCGCCACACCGCCAGCGCAGUCUACAGACACAGGUGCGACGAUCAAGCCGGAUCCGGACCAACCCAUCGACGUCGACAUGGCCCGCCGUGUCAAAGUCGAGCCGGCGGACGAUGCAGCGUCCCUCAUCAAGCCCGAUCCAGACGCCAAAGACGACGACGAGGCCGGACCCGAACUGGUGCUCGAAAGCGACGCAUCCCUUUCGGAUCCAGAGCGCCAACUAUCCUCGUCGCCCGAGCUGGAGCCGGCCGAUAUCAAGGCUUCCGCCUCUACCGACGACGACGACGACGACGUCGAGGCGUAUGGCGAGGAACGCUGCGAAGGUGACGCUGCAGACGACGGAGAGGAUCUGGCUGGGUGGGCUGAACUGUGA